AUGUUCCGAAAAAUCCCAAAAGAAACCAAAGAAAACCAACAACUCUUGCAACAACAACAGCUUCACGAUGGCUACAAACUGCCAUUAGAGGCAACUCCAGAUAUCACCUGUGUGAUUGAGACCGAUACGUUAGCCUCGAUCAAUGCUUCUGCCUAUUUCCAUGCAGAGGAGCAUUAUUGUGGGCCUGCUCCAUCUUGUCCCUUUUUUAAUAUUAAGGACGUUAUGAAGACUAUGGAUGGUUUGUUUUCACAAGACAAAAUGUCAUUCUUCUCGUAUGGUAUCGAGUUGGAGAACUUGAUCACAGAAGAGGAAAAUCCACAACAAGAGCCACCAUCACACAACAUGGAAUUGCUCAAAAAACUGAAAUCCAUUCUAAGCACAUGGACUUUACGAUCCUUGAGAAGUCAUGUUCUUCCUGAAAAUCAAAAUGGUAAAUCCAAAAAUCCUUUUCUUCUUCUUUGCAAUAAGAUUGAUCAAACGUUCUACCAACCUGAACAUGGUUCAUUUUCUGUACUUCAGAGAAGCUUGAUUUUGAUUUCAGUUGGUUACAAUCUGGCUCUAGCAACGUGCCUUCCAUACUACGUUGCGUCUGUGAUCAGGUUAUGCUGUGACGUAUUAGCGUUAGCAAACAAGAAUUGUAGCCACUUGUUGUCUCUAACUCUUCCAAAUACGAUACUAGAGUUUACCACAGCUACUGGGGUUGCUCUUCCUUCUAAAAAAAAGGAGAAAAACGUCACUGAAAUAACAAUAAGGAUAUUGGAAUCACUAUGUGAAAAAGUUGCUAGUUAUGGAGUUAACAUCAAAAGAGUAAUGAUUAACUUUGAUACAAAGACACAAUUUGAGGAAGUUCCAUUCAUGAUAACCAAAGAGAUUUCGUAUUUGUUCGACUCAAUGGCAAAAUGCUGGCCAAAACUACAAAUUUUACAAAACAAGCACUUUACGUUAUGUGAACACAUCUUGACCAUGAUGAUUGAGAAGAAUCUCAUCAAUAUCUCUCUGGAACACUUAAUGCAAUCGAACGACAGUAUUGUCAGCCUAACCUCUCAAUUCGACAAGGUCAUGAACAAAUAUUUUAGUUACAGUCUCCUAAUUGAGAAAACAUCAUUCAAAGCUGCUGCUCUAUUAUAUGAUAAAUUUAGUAGCUUGCAUAGGUGUAACCAUCUCGACUUUCAUAAGAAUAUUCAAGCAAUGUGGUCUCUAUUUUUGCGGGUAUUAUACUAUUCUCAAUAUUUCUAUCAAACUCCAAAACGAGCUGAAUAUUUAAAAAGUCGCAUUAGCCUUGUCAAAGAUUUCUUUCAAAUUUCCACAAAGCUGUUGACAGAUUUCAGUGAAGCUAAUGAUGCAAUAUUUAAUAACCAUUGGUAUACAUUUUGCCUCCAAAAUAUAUCACAAGCUCUUAAACAUUGCUCUACAGAUGGUAUAACUUUUGAGAUAUGGACAGAUCUAGAAUACAUUUGUAAAAAAUACCUGUCCAUUUGUAGAGAUGCAACAAUUGAGCAGUAUUCCACAGUUUACAAUUUCGUUCAGGAAAUUUAUCAAGAUAUAGCUAUUGGAAUCCUGACUGCGCCUUUAUUGAGGCUACCAGAUCGAUGGGAUACAAGACGUCUUCCAAUCGUUUUAGGUCUAAACGACAGAAUUAUUUUCAGGGGCUCUGACGCUGAUUUUUGUUACAGCGAAACAGCCGAUACUCUUUCUACUGACGCCAUGACGGAUGACUCUGAUUCUGUCAUUUCUUCUUCAUUGCCACGAUUUAACAGAGAUAACAUAGGCAUUGACCUACACUACUUACUAGAUGCGGAUUAUGUAGAUCAAAAAUAUGAAACACUUUUUGGAACAAAAAUAUAUUUGAAUGAAAAGUAUCCAGUGUUAGAAGCUCUUAGUAGUGUUCCAUCAAAAAGAUCUCUAGUGUUGUAUGCCAUAUGUAUUCUUUAUGAAACAGCUCAAAAACACUGUGCAAAUGUAAAUCCAAAUACGAUACACGGAUUUGUGCAAACAAAGAUUAGUAACAGAGGCGAUUUGUACGCUCUUUCACACACAGAAUUGAAGAAAAUAUUGAUGGAAAAUAUAAUAGUUCCUUGUGAACAACUUCGAUCUGUAAACACACUCCAAGACUAUUAUCGUGUUGUUGAAGAGAUCAACUCUGAUUGUGGCUUGACAGAAAAUGAUAUACUUGCAGCUGUUUCAGAAAAAGAUCAAUUACAAUUUCUCUCAAAACUUGAUUCAAUAUCGGAUACUGUCCAACAUUUAUUCCACAUGUUCGCUACAGACAAUCAUUGGGCUAAAAAGUUUUGUGACUAUUUAAUCCAUCCUCAACAUGCGAACAGUAUACUCUAUCAGCUCGAGUCUUGUGGUUUUGAAAAGUUUAGAAUUCUCGUUUAUACUAUGCUUGGCAUUUACAUUAAUAUAUUACAAAACAAUGAGCUGAAAAAUUUUACUCCAUUAUUCAAAAAUCAAUUUAUUCAAUUUUUGACCAAGAUAACGAGUGACUACUAUCAGACAACUGCACUGAAGGCAAUAUUUAUUAAGAUGACAGAACUCAACUUUUCAAAAAACAUGCCCAAUGACGUGAUUCGAGAAGCUCUCAACUUUUGUACAGAUCUUGCCACAGUUCUCGGAAACCACCAUUCAUUGUACGAUUCCAUUUUAUCCAACUCUUUGUACGAGUUUAAACAGUAUCUUGUUCACGGAAAUUCAUGGAAGACACUUCCUUUUAGCAGCACCUUUUUCCUAUCAUGUCCUCUUGGGUUUGCAAGUCCUCGUUUUACUGCCACUUUUUCUCAAAACUUGGAUCUCGUUGGAGAUUAUUUGUCUGUUUCCAUCGACAACAAUUUUUACGAUCCAUUUGUGCUCGCUCUCAUAAGAUCCAAGAUUUUGAGACUUGUUUUUGAACAUUUAGUUUCAAAUGCAAACGAAAUCUCAUCACAUCUGUCUUCUCGUCUUUUUGAAUAUGUGAAUAUUGAAUUCUUAACUCAAAAUUUCAUAACCAUGAAACAAUAUUGGGAAACUAGAAUGGAAUCAAUUGACAACAGUUUAACAGCAGCCGCUUUUGAAUAUUACAGAACUGCAAACAUUGGAAAUUUAUUUGAGCUAUCAAAUGCCAUGAGCUUUAUAUUCGCUCGUGAAAUGUGUUACAGACUCUGUCGCUCAGGAGAAAUGGUCUCUCGUUCUCAUCUCCGUAAAUCGAUGUUCACUCUUAAUUAUCCAAAUGUUGACGAAAUCAUGUACUCCAUAUGUAUGAACUUCAACAACAAACAAGAUUUAGAAAAUUUUCUGAUAGAAGACCUUAGCAAUGAAUUGUGUGCUAUUCUCUCUAACAGUGACAAUCAACUUUUCUGCGUGCGCGAAUGCUUGUGGAAAAUCAAUGUGAUUGGAGAAAUAAUUAGAAACAAUUAUGCUCUUGUAGACGAUACUUGUUAUGAGAAUCUCUUUUUAAUAACAUUGAAAGUACUUGCUAGCAACGUAGCAAUGCCUCCUGAAGUGCUUGUAAUGAUUUGCAAGUUUCUAAUAUGUUAUCAUCCUGAUCAGAAGAAAUACAUGAGAAUAAUUUCAACAGGAGAGACAGAUUUGCAGAUUAUUGUCGAGCAAUUAGACAUCUACAAGAAUGUGAGCUCUUCCCUCUACCGCUUUUGUGUGGAUUUGUUACAUUUUUUAUAUUCAAUGUAUUUAUCUUCUGAUCUAAAAGAUUCUGAAAUUCUAAAUACCGUCGAUCUCGAUAAUCCUACGAUUCAAACUUCAUUGAUUCCUCGAUACAUGUCCAUUGCCUCUACAUUCAUUCGCAGUUUAACUCACAAAUUAUCAAACAAACAUACAUUUAGAAUGUGCAAAGACGUUGAAGAAACACUUAGAAAAUUUCUCAAUUCCAAGCCAAUGAUGACACUUGUGAGAAAUGCUAACUUCUCUUUAUGCCAUUUUAGUCAAUCAAAUUCGAACAUUUUUGUAAUCCCUACCAUUAAGAAAUUAAUGAAGAAUGAAACAAAACUAGAAAUCAUUCAAAAAGAAAUUAAUUAUUUACAAAUUAGAAGUCAAGAAUGCAUUCCAACUGCUAAUAGAUCAUUGUUUAUCACAAAAGUAUUGAAUGCUUCGCCAAAUGAUAGACCUCGAUUUGAGUACUUACCUAAUCAACCAAAAUUAUGGAGUGUGCUGAACUAUAUGAAUCUUCAUUCUUCGUCGUCAUUGCUUUGCUUGUCAACUUCAAUGGAUUAUCGUCACUUUUUCCCAAUAUUUAAUGACCCAUCAAGUGAAGUCAAUAACGUUCAUGAAAAUUUGUUGCUUCUUCAAGAUGCUUGUAGAGAAAUUAAUCAAAUCUUGCCGACAUGUGUUGAUGACUUGUCAAAGAGGAAUGUUUAUUAUGUUGCUGGUUAUUUAGUUGGAGUUUCUAUAUUAACCAAAUACAUUCUUGGACCCCUCAACUUGGACAGGAAUGUCUUACAACUCUUUUUGAAUGAUAUUUCUCUAGACAAUCUCGAUAGUCAACAUGCAAAUAUCGAACAGUUGCAAGCGCUUUAUAAUUACUUUAAUGCUGGUAUUCGAAUGGUGCUUUCUGAUGAAAUUACAAACAUGUUAAAGAUUCUCACCUUGGAAGAAUUUCUCUCUCUUCUUGGCGAUGAACAAACGAUUGAAAAACGUAUCUCCUCCAUGUUGCGCCAUGUUGAACGUGAUAGUGAUAUUUCUCAAGAAGAGUGUACCAACUUUGUUUUCAAGUUGUUGAAACCAACACUGAGACAAGAUACUAUGCUUGUAAAUUAUUUCAGUGGCAUGUUCAUUCACGGUAAAGCUGCUCUCGUCACUCUAACUGUCAUUCCCUCAAAAUAUGCACAAAUCCAAAUUAACCCUGCAAAAAGGGUUAUUGAAAUUCCUGUUCGUUCUACAACGGAAGAUUUGAGGGCGCUGUUACGUAAACAACCACACAUUUACUUCCUUGACCAAUAA